CUAAGUCUCACACUUCAAGCUAAUCAUUGACAGAGCUUUACAAUCACCAGCUUUUACUGAGGCGUCGAUAAGACAGCCCAGCAGUUGGUGGCAAAUGAAGCCAGGCUGCGCGGCGGGGUCUCCAGGGAAUGAAUGGGUUUCCUCCAGCGCUGAUGCCAGGAACGCGCGCUAUAGGGAAACGAUGUCGAGCGGGGCGCUGCGAAGAUCCGUCAUCCUGUCAGCGUUCGUUCUCCUGCGAGCUGUUGCGGGAUACUCCGGGGACGGAAGAGCUAUAUGGUCUAACAACACUCAUUUUAGCCCGGUAAAUGAAAGUCAGCUGUUUCUCUAUGACACUUUUCCUGAAAACUUUUUCUGGGGCGUUGGGACUGCAGCAUUUCAAGUGGAAGGGAGUUGGAACACAGAUGGAAAAGGUCCCUCUAUCUGGGAUCAGUUCACCCAGACACACCUUAAAAAUGUCAACAGCACGAAUAGUUCCAGUGACAGUUACAUUUUUCUGGACAAAGAUUUACUGGCUCUGGAUUUCAUAGGAGUUUCUUUUUAUCACUUUUCCAUUUCCUGGCCAAGGCUGUUCCCCGAUGGAAUAGUAGCGGUUGCCAAUGCGAAAGGUCUCCAGUACUACAAUGCUCUGCUGGACGCGCUGGUGCUAAGAAACAUUGAACCUAUAGUGACUUUAUACCAUUGGGACUUGCCUUUGGCACUACAAGAAAAAUACGGGGGCUGGAAAAAUGAAACGAUAAUAGAUAUCUUCAAUGACUAUGCCACGUACUGCUUCCAGACGUUUGGGGACCGCGUCAAAUACUGGAUUACAAUUCACAAUCCGUACCUGGUGGCUUGGCACGGGUACGGGACAGGCACGCAUGCCCCCGGGGAGAAGGGAGAGGCAGCAGCCGUCUACGCGGUGGGGCACCACCUGAUCAAGGCUCAUUCGAAAGUCUGGCAUAACUACAACAUAAAUUUCCGCCCACGUCAGAAAGGUUGGUUAUCGAUCACAUUGGGAUCCCACUGGGUUGAACCCAACCGACCGGAAAGCAUGGAGGACAUACUCAAGUGCCAGCAGUCCGUGGUCUCUGUGCUCGGGUGGUUUGCCAACCCCAUCCACGGGGACGGCGACUAUCCGGAGCUGAUGAGAAAGCAGUUGCUCUCUGCUCUGCCCCUUUUCUCUGAGGCAGAGAAGAAAGAGGUGAGGGGCACAGCUGACUUCUUUGCCUUUUCCUUUGGGCCCAACAAUUUCAAGCCCCAGAACACCAUGGCGAAAAUGGGACAAAAUGUGUCACUCAAUUUGAGAGAAGUGCUGAACUGGAUUAAGCUGGAAUACGGCAACCCCCGAGUCUUGAUCACUGAGAAUGGCUGGUUCACGAACAGUCAUGUGAAAACGGAGGAUACCACGGCCAUCUACAUGAUGAAGAAUUCCCUCAACCACGUUCUUCAAGCAAUAAGGUUUGAUAAAAUACAAGUGUUUGGUUACACGGCCUGGUCUCUGCUGGAUGGCUUUGAAUGGCAGGAUGGGUACUCCACGCGCCGAGGAUUAUUUUAUGUGGAUUUUAAUAGUAAACAAAAAGAGCGAAAGCCCAAGUCCUCAGCACAUUACUAUAAGCAGAUCGUACAAGAAAAUGGCUUUACUCUGAAAGAGUCCACCCCAGAUAUGCAGGGCCAGUUCCCCUGCGACUUCUCCUGGGGUGUCACUGAGUCUGUCCUCAAGCCGGAACUGGUGGCUUCCUCCACACAGUUCACGGACCCUCACCUGUAUGUGUGGAACGUGACAGGCAACAGAGUGUUGCACCGAGUGGACGGAGUGAAGCUGAAAACUCGGCCACGUCAAUGCACCGAUUUUGUCGGCAUCAGAAGACAGCUCGAGAUGUUGGCAAAGAUGAAAGUCACCCAUUACAAGUUUGCUCUGGACUGGGCCUCGAUCCUUCCCGCUGGCAACCUGUCCGCUGUUAACCGCCAAGCUCUGAGGUACUACAGGUGUGUGGUCAGUGAGGGCCUGAAGCUCAACAUCUCCCCAAUGGUCACGUUGUACUACCCGACCCACGCGCACCUUGGCCUCCCCCCACCACUGCUGCAGAGUGGGGGAUGGCUGAACCCCUCGUUGGCCAAGGCCUUCGAGGAUUACGCAGGGCUGUGCUUCCAGGAGCUGGGGGACCUGGUGAAGCUCUGGAUCACCAUCAACGAGCCCAACCGGCUGACUGACAUCUACAACCACACUGGUAAUGACACAUACCGGGCAGCCCACAACCUGCUGAUCGCCCACGCCCUGGCCUGGCACCUCUACGACCGGCUGUACAGGCCCACGCAGCGCGGGGCGGUGUCGCUGUCGCUACACUCGGACUGGGCGGAACCCGCCAACCCCUACGUGGACUUGCACCGGCAGGCGGCCGAGCGCUUCCUGCAGUUCGAAAUCGCCUGGUUCGCAGAACCGCUCUUCAGGACCGGGGACUACCCCGUGGCCAUGAGGGAGUACAUCGCCUUCAAGAACAGGCAAGGGCUGUCGCGCUCCACGCUGCCUCAGUUCACGGAGGAGCAGAGGAGUCUGGUCAAGGGCGCCGCCGACUUCUACGCCCUGAACCACUUCACCACCAGGUUUGUGAUGCACGCGCGCCGGGCCGGCAGCCACUACGACGCGGACAGGGACGUGCAGUUUCUGCAGGACAUCACCUGCCUGAGCUCCCCCAGCCGCCUGGCCGUCCUGCCCUGGGGAGAGCGGAAGGUGCUGAGCUGGGUCCGGAGGAACUAUGGGGACCUGGAUGUUUACAUCACCGCCAAUGGCAUCGACGACCCGGCUCCUGAAAAUGAUGAGCUCCGAAAGUACUACCUAGAGAAACACAUUCAGGAGGCCAUGAAAGCAUACCUGGUUGAUAAAGUCAAAAUCAAAGGUUACUAUGCAUUCAAACUGACUGAAGAAAAAGCUAAACCCAGAUUUGGAUUCUUCACCUCUGACUUCAAACCUAAAUCCUCCAUUCAGCUUUACAACAAACUCAUCAGCAACAGUGGCUUCCCUGCUGAGGACAGUAGCCCUGGAUGCAGUCAGACUCAAAGAAACCCAGAGUGUACUGUCUGCUUAUUGCUUGUGCAGAAGAAACCACUGAUAUUCUUUGGUUGUUGCUUCUUCUCCACCUUGGUUCUACUUUUAUCAAUCACCAUUUUUCACAGGCGAAAGAGAAGAAAAUUUUGGAAAGCAAAGAAAUUACAACACAUACCAUUGAAGAAGAGAGUUCUUAGCUAAACAGAUCUUAGUUCUGUCUGCAUGAUAUAAAGUUUAAAAAUUCACUCCAGUUCCAUAUAUAUACUGGCAACUUACAGAAGAUAUACCUAUAU